GGUUUCACUUCCGCAAUUUGUUCACCGUUGCACACUAGCCGGUCGGGUGACGUGUAAAACAUUUGUUUAAAGAGAUUAUCGACCUGUUAAAAAAGUCCAGGCGUUUUUAGCCUCGUAAAACUAUGUCUUAUUUCAUUUGAGGAUAAAUAUGAAGUAACUCGUCUGUUAAGGUCAACCAGGAAGUGGUGUUAACGGUGCAUCACUUGUGUACGCUCCAGUAACUAACUGGCUGCUUGGACGGGAAACAGCUGCUAAAAGCAGAAAUAAUGCAGGUGCUAACAAAUUCCAUUGGCGGGUCUCUCCUGGUGUGGACACUAGCGAUCCAGUUGCUCCCGCUAGGAAGCGGAGUGCACGCCACCAACGUCACCAAAAACUGCAAACUCAACUUUGAGUCAGAGUCUGAACGCAAAGACCUCCAACGAAUAGAGCCGCUCGGCCACAGGAACUUUUCAGCAGAAUUCAUUAUCGGAGACGACAAGUACACAUACGUGUUUCAGUUAUGCGGCGAUGCGGGCGGCGUUCCCGGAGCUGGUAUCAUUCAAGUGAAAGCCCAGAAAACGGAGCAGAGCACAGAGAAGAGUGUAACCAUCAUUGGCUUGUACAAUGCAACAGAAGUCAUUGGAGGAACCGACUUUGUGUGGCUGGCCUACGGCAACGGAGAAAAAUAUGACAACCACUGCUCACAAGAACAGAGGAAAGCCUUUGUAAUGAUUUUUUGCAACCGGAAUAUCGACGUGAGUCAACUCGUAGUGGUGCAGGAGAACAGAGAACGGAAGCAGAACUGCUUCUACCUGUUCAAACUGGAGUCCAGUGCCGUAUGCCCUCCUUUGGAAUACAAGCUUAGCGCCGGCUCUAUCAUACUCAUCAUCGGGUUCUGCCUAGUGGCUGUUUACCUCAUCGUAGGGUUCCUCUACCAGCGACUCAUCGUCGGGGCCAAAGGCAUGGAGCAGUUUCCCAACUACGCUUUCUGGGUUGAGGUCGGCAAUCUCUCUGCCGACGGCUGCGACUUUGUGUGCCGCUCGCGGGAUCGAGACGACGCCCCGGCUUACAGGGGAGUGUCGACGGAGCCUUUGGACGAGGAGCCGGAAGAGCGAGAUGACCACUUAUUGCCAAUGUGACCUGGCUUCCAUCAUUUUUUUCCCCCUCAAUUUUGUGACUUUCUGGCGGCUUUGAAACUGCUUGUAGGCAAACUCAGUUGUUUCGGUGCACCUCUUUUAGGUGUUUGAUGCUACGAUUACAGUGAGGAGUUUUUGCACGAAAUCAGCCAAAGUUUGCGUUCUACAUAUUCACACUGAUACAGUAAUUACUGAUUUUGUUCCCUGCUGUUGACGUCUGAAAAAUUUAAUGUAUAGGUUAUCAAACACUGCUUUUCCUUUCGUAACUUUUAAGUUAGGAACAGUUACAUAAUGUGAAUGUUUAAGUACAGCCAUGUUACAUGAAUUCUUUUAAACAUGCUGUUCUACUUCAAGUCACAAACUGUUAGCAUUACUAUGCGACCUACAAAUUUAACAUAUGACUAAAACACACUUAAUCCAAACUUUUCCCCUUAGACUUCUGUAAAAGCAGCUAUAUAAAACUAAGAAAAUAUAUUUUAAUACAAUAUAUGCACUUUCAUUGCACAUUACCAAAGCUGAUAGAAAAUAAUAAUAAUUUCAACUACUGGAAACAGCUAAUUAAAUGAAUGGGGAAAAUGAAAGUUUCUACAUACAAAUAAUUUGAAUAUUGUAGCAACUUGAGCACUUGCCCUGUAUUUUAAGAUGUCCUAAUGUUUCUGUUGAAUACAGUUGAGAAGUGGUUGAGUUUUCCAUUAAGCUGAUUCAAUGGUUUAUUUCCAUCAAUUAGUCCCACGCUUCGUGGUAUAAUCAAGAAAUUUCCAGUAUCUGAAAUUUGCUGUCGGCAUCUUUAAGUUGGGAAGAAGGGACUGUUUUGGUCGCAAUAGUUUGUACCUUUUGUGGCAUUUCUGCAUGCAGCAAUGUUUAAAUAAAAAUAUUUCAUGCUCUUUCUUUUUUUUAUAAAAUCUUUAUUGGAAGAGUUUUUUUUUCUCUUAUGUCAAAUAUACAGUUAUGUUGUUUACGAUGGAAUUUAGUUAUAGCAUUU